AUGAUUAGCUAUCUACUUGGAAAAGCCGAUGUCGACCCCAUGGCUAUGGCAAGGUAUAGUGCUACUGAUGAAGGUCGGCUGGGAAAUUUAUUUUGGGCAAACGGCAAUUGUAGGGCCGAUUAUCAGUGCUUUGGAGAUGUGCUUGCAUUCGAUACAACCUACCGGAAGAAUAAGUACAGAAGGCCUUUGGUAAUCUUCUCGGGUUGUAACCAUCACCGCCAAAUAUGUAUAUUUGGCUUUGCCUUGGUAGAGGACGAACGAACGAAAAUAUACAUGUGGUUGUUGCAAAAAUUUCUAGAAGUCAUGCUGAACAAGUUUUCCAGAGUUGUGGUCACAGACGGUGAUGAGGCAAUGAAGGCAGCAAUUCAAAAAAUCUUCCUAGAUGCAACUCACCGACUAUGUGAAUAUUGGGAGAAUAUGAUAAAAAAAUAUGGGUUGGAGGAAAAUGAUUGGGUUCUAAAUGAAUAUGAAAAGAGAAAAAGUUGGGCAAGAGCUUACUUAAGGGAUAAAUUUUGUGCUAGAUUUAGAACAACAUCAAGGUGUGAGGCGAUAAACAACUUCAUCAAGAGGUUUAUUUGCAAUCGCCAAAGUCUUCUAGAGUUGGUCCAAAAUCUUGAGCAUGCUCUUAGGGACUAUAAACACAAUGAAUUAUUUUCUCAAUUUAAGACGGUGUAUGGGGAGCCCAUUCCAACUACUGGGUUAGAAGCAUUAGAGCUUUCUGCUGCAAAUUUUUACACAAGGAAGAUUCUUGGAGAAGUAAAAAAGGAGAUUCAAUGA